GCACGAUCACGUGACAAACACCAUCUCAAAACGUCACACCAACGUGCUUUACGCCGAGCUGAUGCUGAGUAAGAGAGUUGGCUGAAGAGGAUCAGAUUUCGUCGUAACAAGACGUCGACAUUGUUUAAAGGGUUGUCAACACCUAACAGUUAUCAUGACUUUCCGGUUGAACUUGCCACCAUCUGAAAUUGCGCGGCUGGCAAGAUCAGAGCAGUCUGCAGGAUAUGGUGAGAUUAAAAAACAGUCCCGAGAGGGCUGGAAAAAAAUGAAAGAAUUAGAAGAAGCCCGUAAAGCUGGCACAGCACCAGCCAUGAAAGAUGAAAAGGGGAAGGAUAUUAAUCCUCACAUCCCCCAGUAUAUCAUGCAGGCUCCUUGGUAUAUAGGAGCCAAGACUCCUACACUUCGUCAUCAACGACAACAGCCACUAAGAAGGAGAACAUCUAAGUAUGGUUUUGAGAGUAAGCGCGACAACUGGAGUCAUGUUGAUGCAGAUGAACAUCUGUGGGAAGUAUUUGAAAAAUUCAAAAAACUUGAGAGGGUAGGUGAUGACAGCAAGUAUACAGAAGAUAUGGAUAUGCCUGGUCAAAAGUUUGAAACAAAGCAGCGCUUCAGUGUGAGGAAUCUUCGUAUCCGGGAAGAUACAGCAAAGUACCUGUUCAAUCUAGAUCUCAACUCCGCACACUACGAUCCCAAGACAAGAUCAAUGAGAGACAACCCCUUUCAGGGUUCUGGAAAAGAUGCGAUAAUAGAAACGCUGUAUAUUGGUGAGAACGCUGUAAGAUUAUCUGGAGAUGCAGAGGAAUUUGCUAGGAAGCAAUUAUUUGCAUGGGAGGCUUAUGAGAAAGGCACAGAUGUCCACCUGCAGGCUGAUCCUACAAAACUGGAGCUUCUGCACAAGGAGUUCUUGCAGCGCCGUGACACCUUCAAGCAGACAGCUAAGGACAGUGUGCUUGAUCGAUAUGGAGGACACGAGCAUUUGGAGGCUCCUCCUAAGCAGUUGUGCUGGCUCAAAACAAUCUCUCAUCCUGGAAACCUUGCAUACCAUGCUGUUUUCGGACCUGAGCGUGCUGCCCUGUAUGCCAUUCAUACCAAGGAGCAAAAGCCAAUAUCACUCCGUGUAGCACCUCACCUACAAGCUGCCGGAAUAGAUAUUCGACAGGAGGACUAUGUCGAAUACUCGAGGCAUGGCACGGUCAUCAAAGGCCAAGAGAAGGCUGAUGUCAAGUCUAGAUAUGAAGAAGAUGUGUUUCCAAACAAUCAUCAGAGUGUUUGGGGUUCAUUUUGGAGGGAUGGACGGUGGGGCUACAAAUGUUGCUAUUCCCUGGUGGAGGAGUCUUACUGCACAGGCAAAGCUGGCAUCGUAGCUGAACAGGAAAGCAUUGGUAUAGCCAGUCACCUUAGUGUAGAGCAAGGGACAGUGGCACUUAGAGAGACAUCCACAGAUGACCAGCCUGACAAGCAGGAGAAGAAAAAAAAGAACAAGGACAAAAAGAAGAAGAAAAGGAAGCACAGAUACUCCAGUGAGGAUGAAUCAGAUGAAGAGAAGAAGAAAAAGAGACUUAAGAAGGCCUUGGAAAAGAAGCGAAUGACUGAGCUGUUGCAGAUAGACGAGCGGAACCGACCAUACAACAGCAUGUGCGACGUGCGUGCUACCACAGAGUAGAGACGGAGGCAUUCCGAAUGAAGCAGACCAGAAGCGAGGACUCUAUGGCUGCUUUGGUUGCAAAUGAGUCCCAUGCUUUGUUUAAAUAAUUGAGAAAUGCUUUCAGGUCCAAAUGUUUUACAAUAGAUGACACAUUACACGUUAGUGAAACGAUGAGAUUGGUAUUGAAAAAAUUGAACAAUGUCAUGCAUGUGACUCAUGUUGUAAAAUAUUAAAGACAUUGAAAACAAA